UUGUUACCAACUACCAACUAUAACAGAUUGAAUUCGUGCUUCUUCCAGUAACCGGCAGCGUGUAUCACCGGUGGAUAUUAGUUAACAUAAAAUGUCGUACACUAAAUUCAAUUUUUCAUUUUAUAUCACAUGCUGUUGCUUAUCUUUGGGUCUCGUAAAUGCAAAUGCUCAGACAUCGUCGAAGAAUUUUUUCGCAGAGCAACUUACCGAAGAAAAUUGGGAUCGUAUGCUCAUCGGAGAAUGGAUGGUGGAAUUCUAUGCUCCAUGGUGUCCUGCUUGUAAAACAUUGGAACCAAUUUGGGAACAUCUUGCUGCACAAAAGGAAAAUUUAAAUAUCAAUGUAGGAAAAGUUGAUGUGACUGAUUCUCCAGGACUUAGUGGAAGGUUUAUGGUUACAGCUUUGCCAACGAUAUAUCAUGUUAAAAACGGCAUAUUUAGGCAGUAUAAGAGCCCUAGAGAUAAAGAUUCAUUAAUUGAAUUUGUGUCUGAGAAAACUUGGGAAAAGAUUGAACCAAUUCCUGGCUGGAAGAGUCCAACAUCUAUUCAGAUGUCUGUUAUUGGUCAAUUCUUUCAAAUCUCACAAGUAUUGCGGGGAAUACACAAUAGGUUUAUGGAAGAUUUUGGAUUACCUACAUGGGGAAGUUACUUGAUCAUUGCCAUUGCUACCAUUGUCUCAGGUGCAAUAUUGGGAUUGUUUAUCGUUUGCUUGAUUGAUUUUAUAUAUCCACCGAAACCUGCAAUGGUUCAAAACAAAAAGAAACAAAAAGAUGGAUCAGGUGGAUUUAUGCAAGAGAAAAGUAUACAGGAUGAAGAAAUUGUUGAACAUGUUAAGGAUGAUUUAGUAGAUGAGGAAUCAGAGCAAGAGGGAUCAGAGACAGAAGAAAAAGAAAAAGAUGCAGAUAAAGAUUCCAAAACUGAACCAAGCAGUCCAAAUGUUCGUAAACGUAAGCCACGUAAAGCUGAUUUAAAAUCAUAUAGGGCAGCAAUGGCCAAAAUAAAUGUGAAUACAAAUAUGAAAAAACGGUCCGCGAGUAUUUCUGAGAUAAGUGAGAAGAAAAUAGGGAUAUCGGAAAAUUUAAAUAAAGAGUUAAAGAAGAAAAAAACAGAAAACGGAACCGUACAAAAUGGUCAACCAAACAAGCAAAUCGCCAAGAAUUCACCUAAGAAAUUUAAUAAAAACGAAAAGAAAAAUGAUUUAGGAAUUGUUAAAAAUCUUAAGAAGAAAGCAACAAAUGUAGCUGGAUUACAGAGAAAUAAGAAGGAAACGUUAACCAAAGCAGAACUGUUGAAACUGAGACAAGAAUAUCGCAAAAAGCGUAAAGAAAAUAGAUCAUCGCAAACACAUUUGUUACCAUCGAAGGUCUCUGUUGAAGACAUAAAAAAGAAAAUUGAGUUAAUAGAAAAACGAGCAGCACUUUCAAGAAGUGCUAAGAGGAAAUUGGCAGCACUUAAGAAAAGGUUACGAGUAAAGGAAGGGGUAGGUAAGAUAAAACAAGUUGCGAAAAGACAGCUAGAAAAAGGAAGAAAUGAGAAAUCAUUAGAAAUUGCGAAACAGAAACAAGUGCAAAAUAUAAAAUCAGCGCAAGAGAAAGUACUUGCGAAGUCGAAUAAAGAAAAUAACAAGAGAGACGUUAAAAAAACCAAAACUCUUUUAAAGCAAAAAAAUGAGGAAAAUUAUGACGAUGAUGAAGAGGAUGAGGAAAAUGAGGAUGAUAUCGAGAUAGAUGAUGAAUUAAGUGAAGAUGUCGAUGGAACUGAUGUAGAAGAAGAUGAUGACGAUGAUGACGAUGAAGAAGAAGAAGAAGAAGAUGAUGAUGAUGAUGAUGAUGAUGAUGAUGAUGACGAUGACGAUGACGAUGACGAUGACGAUGACGACGAAGAUGUGGAAGAAGAGGGUAAAAACGACAAAAUUAAUGAACAAGACAAAGACAAUGAAAUUAAAAAAAGUAAUGUACAAAAAGGGAAAUCUGCAAAUGUAGGAGAAGAUGGCAAGAAAAAAAGAUAUGUCCUUUUUGUAGGAAAUUUGCCAUAUAAUAUUACUAACGAAGAACUUAAAAAACACUUCUUAACUAAGGUCAGUCAAGUAGUCGAUAUUAGGAUACCUAUGAAAGAUGAAAACACAGCACGUGGAUUCGGUUAUGUCGAGCUGGCCAAUAAUGCAGAUUAUGAGAAAGCACUUUCAUUAAAUCAAUCAUUUGUUAAUGGAAGAAGGAUAAAUGUGCAAUAUUCUGGACCUGACAGGAAAACAGCUGUUGCGAAGAACUUCAAAUUACAUGCUUUGCAAAAGGCAGGAAAAUUUGCAGGUGGAAGAAACAGAUAUAAUCAGAAAUAUGCAAAUAACAAGGGAAAGCAAAAUAUGCGAACAGCGAAAACAUAAUUGUUAAAUCGAUAGAUGUAAUUUGAAAUAAAUGUUUAAAUC